UCUAUACCACUGUUAACAGGAGAACUCUAAGAAGAAGUUAACCUGAACCAGAAAAAGCGUUUUUGGCGUCGUACUAAAAACGUGUUUAUUAAGCAGAAGUUUUGUUCCUCAGUGAAGCGAAAACAUCAUCGCCGAGAGGUUACGGGAUCAUAAUGGCCGAGGAAAUUAACCCGAAAGCAUAUCCCUUGGCGGACGCGACGUUAACUACGAAAAUAUUGAACUUGGUGCAACAAGCACUAAACUAUAAGCAGCUGCGGAAGGGUGCAAACGAAGUGACGAAAACCCUAAAUCGUGGCAUUGCCGAAUUUAUAGUAAUGGCCGCUGAUUCUGAGCCACUAGAGAUCCUUCUUCAUUUACCAUUGCUUUGUGAAGACAAAAACGUGCCAUAUGUAUUCAUCCGCUCGAAGCAGGCUUUGGGAAGGGCAUGCGGUGUUUCAAGAUCUGUGAUUGCUUGUAGCGUUACCAUCAAUGAUGGAUCUCAGCUCAAGCCACAGAUUCAAAGCAUACAGAAGGAAAUUGAAUGCUUAUUAGUAUAAUAUAGACGCUAAUUUUUGUAUAAAACAAUAAAAACGUUUACCUGAGGAAUAUAUAUUUCAUUUCAAUCCCCACACA